AUGGCACUAACAACGAUAGAUUGGACAGAUUCAGAACAAAGUCUGGGUAAUCUUACUGAGCUUUCGGUGAUAGCGUUCCACCAUCGAGCUAUUGUCGUAUCAAUCCUGAUCGCAUUGACACCGAUCGGUCUCUUUGGUAAUGCCCUCGUCAUCAUCGCCGUCGUUGUCGCGAAGAAACUUCGUACAAUCACGAAUAUUUUGGUCACUAACCUUGCUGUUACCGAUUUUAUAUCGUGUCUCUGCUUCCCGUUCCUGAGUGCGGGCCUUUUAAGUCAAACAGGAAGCUAUCCUAUCCAUGAUAUUAUUUGCGCAACUACAGGGGGAAUCAUAAUUGCCUGUGCGUACUGUAGCAGCUCGACCCUGCUCGCCAUCUCAUUCGUCCGUUGGUAUGUCAUAACGAAAUCCGUCCGCGGCCACCAAGGUAUCCAUACUCCAAAGAAAGUCGUUGCUUUAGUGGUGAUCAUCUGGACACAAUCGCUCGCAUUGAUAGCCCUACCACUUGUUCUAGGCAUUGGGACAUUCGGGUAUUUCAAAUACCUUCAAAUAUGUGGCUUUAAAGGCACAAACUUGUUUGGAAAUUAUUACCUCUUAUUUAUGGGAAUUUACAUAGCCAUUGCCCUUAUGCUUACCCUGGUAUUCUAUCUCCUGGUGUUGCGUCAUGUUUUACGACACCGCAAGCAGAUCCGCAACAUGUUCACAACUGCUGAAGAUAUCAGAUCUGGUACAAUAUUGAAAAACCAGAGCCAGGCUUCGUCCACAUCUCGAGAGUCCCGUCCACCCAAGAUCAAUGCCAUCAACAAAAUGGAGGUCGAAAUCACCAAGAAUCUCUCUGUGGUUGUUGGUGUGCUCAUGAUCUGUACCCUACCACAAAGCAUAAAUCUUAUGAUACCCGGCGUCGAUGCAUUAAUGAUCUAUAGCUCCAUGAUCAUCCUGGCAAAUAGCGUUGUCAAUCCAAUCAUCUAUGGAUUUAAACAUCCCAUCUUCAAAGAGGUCUUCAAGAGCCUCCUAUGGCCUUCCCGUACCGCUUGA